AUGUUCUACAAAGCAGUUUUUGUCGCAUUGACUAUUUUUCUGAUUGGUUCAAAUGGUAAACCAACAAUUUCACUGAACGAUCAACCAGAACGUUGUUGUGCACCAAACAAAUUCAGUUGUCGAAUAAGUACAUCAACUGGAAUGCAGUUACCAGAUGCAAAGUUAUACGAAUCAUUUGCUUAUUACAAUUUCUCAUUUGAUUCGGAUCGAGCAAUGGUAGGAAUGAAAGGAGUCUCGUGGACAGAACCAGACCAACAGAAAACAAAUCUUUGGAUUAUUGAAGAUUUCAACAAACGAAUUAGUUAUGUAAUCAAUCAAGAUUUGAAAAAAUGCGACAAAUCACCUUUACCAAUGGAGCAUGAUCGUUGUAUUCCAGAAACAGCAACUUUUGUCCGUUCAUCAACGUUUGGAUAUGGUCAAAAACAACUCAUUGGUGAUACAUGGCGCAUUCAAAAAGAUGAAUUUAUUAAUUAUGCUACGGUCAGUCGUGAUGGUCUUUGUGUUCCAUUGGCUGGACAGGUUUUCUUUCAAAAACCUGCUAUGGUCAGUUCAAUGACAACAACAGAUUUUGUUCCACAAAUUGAUGAUCCAAGUAUUUUCGACAUACCGACAGAAUGUCAAUCCGCCGUUUAG